AUGGCGGAAUUCUUAGGAUAUGUCGGAACUCUCCACGAAAUCAACUCCGAGAACUCCACCGUCGCACUUGAAAACGUCUCCUCAUUUGGCACCGAGAAUCGCAAGGAGAACCCUGACGACUACAUCCCACCGUCCGACAGCGUCUACGAAUACAUUGUGUUCCGCGGCAGUGAUGUGAAGGAUUUGAGGAUCGAGCAGACCCCCGCCGUGAAGGAGAACAAGCCCCCGCAGGUCCCCAAUGACCCUGCCAUUCUUGGUAGCGGAUCUCGCCCAACUCGUCAAUCGCAGUCCAAGCCUCUCCAGACUCAACGCCAGGCAUCUCAAGGUCCCCCGCAACAAAGCCAAGGUCAAGCUCCACAGCCAAAUCAAGGCCCUCCUCCUCCUCCCUUCGGUCAGCAACCACAUUACCCGCCAUUCUACCCUCCACCACCUGCUGGAUGGGGUCGCGGUGGUCCACCUCCGCCUGUCCCUGGUGGCUUCCCCCCAAUGCCAUACGGUGCACCUCCUGGAUGGUACCCCGGACCUCAAGGCUUCCCUCCUGGGCCUUUCCCCCUUUACGGUUACCCACCAGUAUCUCCCGGUCAGUUCCAACAGCCUCCUCAAAAUCAACCCCCAAAGCCGGCUCCAAUCGGUCCCAGCGCAAACAAGCAACCUUCGCCUCCUGCCCAGACCCCAACCGAGAACCCUGUUGAUCCCAAAGACUUGGCAAAACCCGUUCCCGAAGUCGCUGCUCCGGCAGUCAAGGCUCCAUCCCCGCCAACGGCCACGAAACCAUCUCCCCGCGAAGUCCAGGCUGCUAUCGAACAGCCGUCUACCGCUGAAGCUGCUGAGGUGACCGAGGCUAAAGGUGCUCUUGGCUCAAAAACCAACAACCGUGUCACCCCCGCCAUUCCAUUGCAGAGCCCGGCGUUCCAAAAGGCGCCCUUGCAACGACCAGCUAGCAAUGUUCCGCGUAAGUUUAGUGAUGCGGAAGCUAACUUGCGUGAUGCUACUCAAGCUGCGACCGCUGCUGUAGCUGCCGCCAUGGCAAAACUCCCUACUGGUGGCCAAAUGAACGGCAACGGUGUUGACAACUUGACAAAGAAAGUCAACGAGAUGAGAGUGAACGAUGCCAUUCGCGCACCAAGACUUCCGGGAGCUGGUGGUACUGGCUUCGCUGCGAACAGAGGGGUCCGAGGUGGACGAGGUGGGGCUAGAAACACAGAAAAGAAGGUCGAGGUUCCCGAGUCGGAUUUCGACUUCGAAUCAGCAAAUGCCAAAUUCAACAAGCAAGACUUGAUCAAGGAGGCAAUCGCAGGCUCCCCUGUCUCCUCGCCAACCGAGCCAGAUACCCCCGCUGCACCCGCGGGUGGCUACAACAAGGCUUCGUCCUUCUUUGAUGACAUUUCUUCCGAGAGUAAGGAUCGUAUGGAAGCUAACGGCACAAGACCUGGUGGGCGAGAGUGGCGAGGUGAAGAGCAGAAGAAGAACGUCGAGACUUUUGGUCAGGGUAGCGUUGAUAACGGCUACCGUGGCGGCUUCCGGGGACGGGGACGUGGUCGUGGAGGCUCAAGAGGAGGUCGUGGCUACAGCGGCAACGGUCAGCCAGGACGUGGACGUGGGGGAUAUCGUGGCCGUGGGGAUUCACAGGCAGCCGCGUAA